AUGUCCAAAAGGAGAAAAACUCAUGAUAGUUCAAGCUCUCCGGCUUCAAGCUCUCUACCUUCAAGCUCUCCGGCUUCAAGCACUCCACUUUCAAGCUUUCCGGCUUCAAGCACUCCACUUUCAAGCUCUCCACCUUCAAGCUCUCCGGCUUCAAAUUCAAUUGGUAUUGUAUCUCCUUUAGAUGUUAGUGUGCCAUUACAUGAGGAAGAAUUGAUUUAUGAUAUCGAAAAACUUCAUCAUGAUCCUAUUAGAAGAACCGAUAUAAUGAAAUAUCCUCCAAAUGAGCGAGAUACAAUUAGGAGGGCGUAUAUUCUUAGAAAACCUUGUCAGCCAAGAACAUUUUCUUUUCCUCAAAAAGAAGUUGGAGGUUCGCGUCAUCGGUUUAUGGUUUCAUGGUUUGAUAAAUGGGAUUGGCUUGAAUAUAGUAUGGAUGAAGAUGCUGCAUUUUGUUUUGUAUGCUACUUGUUCAAGAAUGAAGUUGGACAUGCGGGGGAUAAUGUUAGAGAUGUGAUUAACAACGAAUAUAAUGAUCGCUUGAAGGCUUCAAUUUCUUGUUUACGUUACCUAUUGGGACAAGGCAUGGCAUUUCGUGGUCACAGGGAAGGUGAAGAUUCCCUUAAUAGGGGAAAUUUUCUUGAUGGAAAUUGUCAAUUGACAUCUCCAACUAUUCAAAAAGACAUCAUCAAUUGUUGUGCUAAAGAAACAAUGAAGAGAAUUGUGGACGAUCUUGGUGAUGACUACUUUGCUAUAUUAGCCGAUGAAUCUAGUAAUGUGUCCCAAAAGGAACAACUGGCUCUUUGUUUGCGCUAUGUUGAAAAGAAAAGGGGAAAGGUAGUUGAACGAUUCAUUGGUCUUGUACAUGUUGGUGAUACUACAUCUUUGUCUCUUAAAAGUGCAAUUAUGACUUUACUUGUUGAACAUUCAUUAAGCCCAUCCAAGAUUCGAGGGCAAGGAUAUGAUGGGGCUAGUAACAUGAAGGGUGAGAUACAUGGACUCAAGACUUUGAUCAUGAAAGAUACUCCAAGCGCUUACUACGUACAUUGCUUUGCCCACCAGCUUCAACUAACAUUGGUAGCCAUUUCAAAAAAGAACGAUGAUUGUAGUUGGCUUUUUGAAACUGUUAGUAUUUUGUUGAAUGUAAUUGGAGUUUCUUGUAAGAGAAAUGAAUUGCAUCACGAAAUUCAAGCACAAAAAGUUGCACAAGCUUCGGAAAUUGGUGAACUUGAAUCGGGAUCGGGGUUGAAUCAAGAACUUAGUUUGAAGAGGCCUGGAGACACUCGUUGGAGUUCUCACUACAAGACUCUUUUGAAUAUCAUGGACUUAUUUUCUACAAUUUUUGAAGUUCUUACGAUGAUUGGAAAGAAAUAUUCCGUUUUCGAUGAUAAGGGAAAAGCUCAAGGCAUUUUGUACUUACUAGAGUCAUUUGAUUUCGUGUUUAUGGCACAACUAAUGACUACUAUAUUUGGGUACACUAACAAUUUGUGUCUUGCUUUGCAAAGAAGAGAUCAAAACAUCAUUAAUGCUAUGAGGCUUGUCACUUUAACCAAAGAUCAACUACAGAAAAUGAGGGAGGAUGGAUGGGAGAUUCACUUGAACAAGUAUAGCUCGCAGUCCUGUCACCUCAAACAGUCUCAAUCCAGGCAACCCGAAGCAGGAAAAAUUAAAGAAGUUGAUCUCCAGCAGCAACCUAGACCAUACGGAUACAAAGCCAUCAAGUUUGCAACCAAAAAGAAGGCAAAACGGAUGGCAAAUGCUGCGGUGGCUGAAGCCAUUCUUCGCCUUGAGAAGCUGGUUAUAUCGCAGGGUGGGGAAAUGGCACAAACUAGAUAA